GACCAUUUCCACCACCCAAAUCCACCUCCACCACCCGCCGCCCUCCGCCGCGCCGCGCCGCCCCCCCCUCCGCCGCACGCGAUGGCCGCGGCGGCGAUCCACCAGUUCGCCGAGUGCAUCACCUGCCACGCGUGGAGCCCCGACCACUCCAUGAUUGCCUUUUGUCCAAAUAACAAUGAAGUACAUAUCUAUAAGUUCUUUACCGACAAGUGGGAGAAACUACAUGUUCUUUCAAAGCAUGAUCAAAUAGUGUCUGGAAUAGAUUGGAGUAGAUCUUCCAACAAGAUUGUAACGGUCUCACAUGAUAGAAAUUCAUAUGUUUGGACACAAGAGGGACAUGAUUGGGUUCCCACCCUUGUUAUUCUCAAGCUAAAUCGUGCAGCUUUAUGUGUUCAGUGGAGCCCAAAAGAAAACAAGUUUGCUGUAGGAAGUGGUGCUAAGUCUGUGUGCAUUUGCUACUAUGAACAAGAUAACAACUGGUGGAUUAGCAAGGUUGUUAGGAAGAAGCAUGAAUCUUCUGUCACUAGUGUUGCGUGGCAUCCAAACAAUAUACUUCUUGCAACAACAUCGACUGAUGGUAAAUGCAGGGUAUUCUCCACUUUCAUCAAGGGCGUCGAUACAAGGGGAUCACAAGCGAGCACCUCUACUGAUUGGAAAUUCGGAGAGCAAAUUGCUCAGCUUGACCUAUCGUCGAUGUGGGCAUUUGGCGUAAGGUGGUCACCAAGUGGAAAGACACUAGCCUACGCAGGUCACAACUCCAUGAUAUAUUUCGUUGAUGAUGUUGAAGCAUCUCCCGCUGCACAGAAUAUAGCACUGCAUGAUCUGCCUCUCCGUGAUAUUCUUUUUCUUUCUGAAAAGACGGUGAUCGGUGUUGGAUUUGACUGCAAUCCUAUGAUCUUUUCUGCAGAUGAGACUGGACUAUGGAGCUUUGUCAGAUACUUGGAUGAAAGGAAAGUCACUACAUCAACUUCAAGAGCUUCGCAGCUAUCUGAAGCCCUUGGAAAGCUAUAUGGUCAAUCAAAGCAAGCAGCAGGCAGUGAUACUGUUGAACCAUCAAAGCCUCGUGGUGGUGCUCAUGAGAAUUGCAUAACUUGCAUUGUGCCAUUGAGAAAAGGAAAUGAGAGAAUUGUGAAACGGUUCAGCACGUCAGGAAUGGAUGGCAAAAUUGUGGUAUGGGAUUCAGAAAACCACAUCGACAUUAAGAAAUAGCUCCAAGGAGGGUUUCAGAUCUCAAUCACCCAAUGAACUUCUAUUGAUGCAUGCAAACAAUGGCAGCAGGCCCUGCAGGUUUUAAAGAUCCAGGGCUAGUGGGGAGACUGCUUGUUUUUGUUGUAGCUGUACACAAACCAUUUCUUUAGCUGGCUCCUUAGCAUAGAGGCUAUUUUUGGGCAUCUCUAUAAGUUGGCUUCAUUUUUUGGGCAGUAACUUGGUAUUGAAUUAAUAUUGUGUAAUACCUGUAAAAUCCUAGUUAGGCAAUUACAUAAAUCCAGCAUCAUAUACCAGUAUUUUUUUUUACAGUAUCUGUGUAAAAUAACCAUACGUGGAACUCACCCGAAUGCACCACUUUGUUCACUGCUGAUAAUUGCUGCCCAUCUUGUUUGCUUUGG